GUCUUUUGUUUGUUUGUAGAUGCUCGCGGCCGGUAUAAUACGCGCACUAGGCACACUUAUCACAACCAUUCACUCACAUUGCCGCCAAAGCGUGUUCGGUCGGAAGCGACGGUCGGUCAGUUUGCUUUCGGCACCGGCAGCAUGCGGAAUGCCGUAACGCUUGGAUGUGUUCGCAUCGCUGCUGGCCAGCGUCGAUGCAAUCUUGUCGUUUUGGUAGCCGUCACCGUCACACUAGCGCUUAUGGCAGUUUACCUCGUGUAUGACGUUAAUCUGACACUGACACCAAAGAGAAAUUUCCUAGUGCAAGCUAAUAGCAAAGAUGAGUCCGAGCUGAUCCGAACAACCAGUGCGGCUGUGGUAAAUCAUGGCUUUAAUUUUGUCUACACAACCAUCGGUCUGGAUCCGAGAAUUCCUACUCCGCCGGGUGAUAUGGGACAACCGGUAAAGGUGAACUUUACCGAGGAGCAGAUCGAUGCGCUUACACAGGAAGGCUUUCAAACUCAGGGCUUCAAUCAAUUCUUUUCGGAUCUGAUGUCCGUGAGGCGAAGGUUGCCUGAGGUUCGUGAUUCCUGGUGUGCAGAACCGGGACGAUUUUUGGACAACCUACCCAAGACAUCGGUCGUGAUUGUGUUCUUCAAUGAGGCUUGGUCGGUUGUCUUAAGGACGGUCCAUUCGGUACUGGACCGAUCUCCGGUUCAUCUAGUACAGGAGAUCGUGUUGGUAGACGAUUGCUCUACGUUAGCUAACCUCAAAACUCAACUGGACGAAUACUUUCGACCAUAUCCGAAGGUGCGUGUUAUCCGGGCGCCGACUCGGUUGGGGUUGAUACGAGCAAGAAUAUUCGGAGCUAAGAACACGAUCUCCGAUGUGAUUACAUUUCUUGAUGCACACGUCGAGUGCACUGUUGGAUGGCUGGAGGCUCUACUAGAUGUUGUUGCCCGUAACCGCACUACUAUCGCUAUUCCAACGAUUGAUUGGAUCGAUGAGAAAAGUAUGGAACUGAUAGCGAACAAAUCGAUCUCCUACAUCGGUGCCUACGAUUGGGACCUUAACUUUGGCUGGUGGCACCGCAAUUCUAUGAAGAAAAAAUACGAAAACAAGCUAGAACCGUUCGAUACACCCGCCAUGGCAGGUGGACUAUUUUCCAUCAACAGAGCAUUUUUCGAACGGCUCGGUUGGUAUGACGAAGGAUUCGAUAUCUACGGCAUCGAGAACAUCGAGCUGUCGAUGAAGAGUUGGAUGUGUGGAGGAAAGAUGGUAACGGUUCCCUGUUCACGGGUAGCUCACAUCCAGAAGGUAGGUCAUCCGUAUCUGCACAACGAAAAGAAGGAUGUGGUGCGCGCGAAUUCGAUCCGCCUGGCUGAGGUGUGGAUGGAUGAGUAUAAGCAUGUUAUAUUCGAUAUCCACGGGAUUCCACACUAUCUGGAGGAGGAAUUCGGUCCGAUUGCGGAGCGAAAAGCGGUUCGUGCACGGGCCGAUUGUAAGGACUUCCGGUACUACAUUAAACAUGGCUUUCCAGAAAUGAGGAACCCCUACAUAGUGGGUGCGUUCCGUGGUGAAGUUCACAAUGAUUUGCUAGGCAAUGGCACCUGUCUCGAAUAUCGUCCGGAUGACAAUUUUCUCGGUAUGGCACCGUGUGAUGGGAAGCAGAAGACACAGUACUGGGCACACAACUACUACCAGGAGAUAAAUAGCUACCGUCACUGUUUAGACUAUACUGGCACCAGUCUUGCCCUGUUUGGCUGUCAUCGAGCACGCGGUAAUCAAGCAUGGCGUGUGCAGACGGAAACGAAACAACUGCAGAGCAUCAAGCACGACCGGUGUCUCGCUAUAAACACACGCACAAACGUCACACUUACGAUGCAAGAGUGUGAUCCGAAUAAUGUCGCCCAAAAGUGGUCCUUAAACUUCAUCGAGUUGGAUGUAUCACCGUUUAGCUGAGCUAAUCUCAACAGUCGUGUACACUGUACAUGACUCUACAAUCGAACCAUUGUACGUCUAAUCGAUAGCUUUCGG